AUGAAAAUAAUAUAAUAAAAAAAUGUACGUUAUUUCUAAUACAAAUCUUGAUCAAAAUUAUGGACGCUGCACAAAUUAGCGACUGGAAGACAUAAACAAGACAUAAAAUGCAAUUAAAAUGGAAGAUAAUUAAUUACUUCAGUAUGGAAAUUUUCCAAAUUAUAAAAGCUUACUCUCUUCUCUGUACUACCACUAUAAAAUUAUAUUCUCAAGCACAAUGAAUUUUAGAAAAGUUCAAAAUAGAUCAAUCUUUUACAGUAUAAAAUUAGGCUUCCACACAGACUUGAAGAUGGCAAAAUAAAAAUUACAGUUCCAAAAAACUAAUUUAACAAUAGCACAUUAUCCUUUUAAUAUUAAUUGAACAAUUAAAAAUAACAAACUUAAAAAAGCACAAUAAGGAAAUGAGUAGAAUUUGUUCAAUUCCCAACUAUCCUAAUAAUAAAAACUAUAAAAAUUCUAAAAUUAUAAAUAGGAUUCAUAAAAUUGAAUACAUAAAAGGUAUUAUACAAGGUAUUAUACAAGAUUUGGAAAACUAUGGUCCAGCUGGCUUAAUACACAUCGCUAUUUUAAGUGACAUAAUCCAAAGACCUAUCAAGAUAUGGAAUGCUAAUGGUAGUUUAAACAAAAUAAUUGGCAAAAAAAAAACACGACAUCCCAUAGAUAUUGAAUAUCAUGUGAUCAGUUCGGAAGGAAUAGGUCAUUGGACGUUAAGAGGAGAAAAAGAUCCCGACAAUGUUAUCGUUGACUUAAAUAGCUGUCUUUUUUCGGUGAUCGGUUCUCAAAUCGGACAGGAUCCAUUAAAACUUCGUAAAUGGACACAGCUAAAAUUGAAAGUCAACUUUCAGAAUUUGGUCAAAUGGAUAGAUAAGACCCUCCAGUUGGAGGGAAACGAUAAGACAAUCUUGAUGAUUGGUGGGGCUCGUUACAUAGGAAAAACUCCUGAAGACGCUAAAAAUCUUUUAGAUAGAUCACACGAUGUGCCAAGUAAAGUAUAUGUCGAAAGAUGUCCAAAAGCUUUUCCUAUAAAAGGCCAUGCUAGAAUGCACGCUUCACAUAAUGAAGAAGACAAAUAUGGAAGAAUUGAGGAUUAUUCUAAAGAAACGCGGAAGACUGGUUUUCAAUCAAGAAGUGAUAUGGAUUUUGUCGCUCAUUUGACAUUGACAACAACAACUGCUCAAAAGUUUAUGAAAGAACUCAACAAAGGCCGUUUGGCAAAAAGGAUAUACAUACCUUUUGAUAUUUUAGAAGAACAAAGAAAGAAGGCAGAUUUUAAGGAUCCCUUACCUUUAGUAAGAGAAUGGAAGGAUGGAAAGUUUGACUCAUGUCAAUUGAAAAUUGAUAGUGUAGCAUUAAUAUUGGGUCAUUUCGAAGAGAACCAUCAAAAGGAAGAGGAUGUUUGUAUAUUUACGUUUUAUCCGAUAUUGGAGAAAAUUACGUUCUAAAAGAAAACAUGUGAGAUGAAGAAAUCAGAGAGAAUUACGUUUUAAAAAACGAGAUUCAAAAAAUUAAAAAGAAAAUUCAAACUAUUAGAUAGCAAAAUGUCAACAAUUUGUCGGUAAAUUGAUAGCAAAUUCGAUCAGAUUUCUACUCUAGAUCUAUAGCAAUCUGUGUACGCAUUAAGCUCAGGAUCUGUAGACAGUCUACUGAUAUAUUAUGCAACAGCAGUUUGAAAACAGAAAUUGAGCAGGUUUUGUGUUCAGCAGACUAGCAGAAGAAACUGAGGAUUUGCAGAUCUGCCAAUUUGCUGGCAAAGCAUAUCAGUAGGUUUUCUCUUAUUUUUGGCGGUAGUUUGUACCGACGUUGUCAGAUAUUACAGAUUGUAAAAUUUGUUACCUCUUUGUCAUCAGAAAUUGGUAGCAUACUUUGCUAAAAAUCUGUCUCUGCAAAUUUAACUAUCUGGAUAAUUAAUAAGAGAGAUAGGCAUUUAUUUUAUAAAUAAAUCAAGUUCAUUAAAAGCCUAAUUUAACUAUC